ACUAAAUGCUAACUACUCAUCCUGAUCCUUUCCGAACAUCUUCUUUGCCACCUCCAUGGAAAUGUCUUCGCGCCACUGAGCUUAGAUAAUCCUGUGUGAUAGGCUCAUCUCAACACAGGUGACAGCGGAUGACUAAGGCCGUUGUCGAUCUUCAGCCGGACAAUGACAUCCCCAUCUUGCUCCAACUCCCACCUUUCUAUCGUUCUAUUCUUUGGAUAACCCAGUAUACCCUCAUUAUCAUCUGUAACAUUGGAGGACAUGCCUUUCUGUUCCAGAAGAGAAUGAGUGGUGUUCUUUCACUGGCUGUGAAAUUCAUUCUUUUUACUACUAGUCCUAUUGACCCCACUCCGGCCAUCUUAUCGGCUUAGAUCGAUUAGCCUUCCCUUUCCGCCGACUCCGAAUCUUGAUAUUGAUAUCUGUCGCUGGCUUGAUACUUGUGUCAUAGAGCCAUCUCACAAUGAUUGGUGAGGGCCCGGAGGACGGUUCCCGAGUCUAUAUCCCACCCGUUCUCGACUCUGAGAAUCGUACGGCCGAUCCCGAUACUUCCGACGACUGUUUGCUCCCUCGAGAUGAAGAGGCCGGCCCCAGUUAUGUCCCCGUCUGGUUACGGGAGUCCUCCAAGUCGUUUCGCUGGGGCUGGGUACCUCUGCCUAUUCGAAAGGUUGCACGCGCUACUGCGAAUUGGGUGAAGGGCCCGAAUCCUCCACAUUCGCUGCUGCUCAAACCGCUAUUUCCGCAAAUCCAAGAGCUUCCGGUCCGGUAUCUGAACCGAUUGUUCCCUAAGCGGAAACACAAGAUCUCUUUACUUGUACUCCUAUAUAUCGCUUGGUUUACUCCUUCGACCCUUGUUCUGCUUCACUCUCGUUCGGCUGGCUACAUCGAGGGAUAUGGACGACUGCAAACCCUUUCGUGUUCGACGACUUUUUGGGAGCAUGGAAAUGGAUGUGGUCUCAACGGGAACGAUUGCCGUCCCUUUUCUGCCUCGACCGUUGCUUUCCGUUGCCCGGCAAACUGCCACGAUGUCAAAUUGUUGCAACCUCACACCGUUGGCAACCAGACUUACAGCUACCGAGGACUAGUCGUCGGAGGACCACAACCAGAUUCGUCCGAGCCCGGUGUGUACCGAGCCGACAGUUUCGUGUGCCAGGCCGCUAUCCAUGCUGGGGUCAUCACCAACGCAGUUGGCGGCUGCGGUGUUGUGAAGCUAGAGGGAGCGGCACACUCAUUCCCCGCUUCGAAACAGAACGGGAUUCAGUCUGUGGGCUUUCCGUCGACUUUCCCAAAGGCCUUCAGCUUCGUCGACCUGGCCUCGUCCCAAGGUACUUGCCCUCCAGAUCCGAGAUGGACUCUUCUGGGCAUAACCAUUGCCGCCCUCGCACUUCUGUGGCUCUUCUCGACGUCGCCGCCGGUCCUGUUCUUCAGCACCUUUUUCAUGCUCUUUUGUCAAGUGGGAUUGGUGUCUGAUCCGCCAUCAAUGCCCCAGUUCACUGACCUUUUGUCCACUCUACUUGCGCGAUUAUUACCGGCAUCGUUCGUAGUCUACGUGCUGUACAAGUAUUGCGCGCGUCCUCUCCUGACGCCGCUUUCGCAGCCCAAGUUCCAGUUGACCAAGACGUUCUUAUACCUGCCACCGGCGUUCAUCGGGGCCUUGAACAAUUACACUUUUGCGAGAUUGAUUCCGCUAGAGCGUCUGACCCCUCAGGAUAUUCAGCGGCAGCCGGGAGCGAAAUUGGCGUUGGCUCUGGUGAUUCCGACCGUGGUCGUAGUUAUCCUCAGCCAGGCCUGGCAAAUCCGCCAGGGUGGCUUGAUGCCGCAUUAUCUCAAGGUGUACUGCACCAUGGGUCUCAUUCUUCUGAUUUUGCUUCCACUACCAGGGCUUCGCCUUCGGAUUCACCAUUACAUUCUUGCCAUCCUGCUGAUGCCAGGAACGGGAAUUCCCACGCGACCGUCGUUGAUCUAUCAAGGGCUGCUACUAGGGCUAUUCAUCAACGGUGUGGCGCGCUGGGGGUUGGUGGGGGCAACAUACCCCAACGUCACCGAUGCGUCUGUCAUCAUUUCGCUUCCUGAUGCGGGCUCCCACGAGUAUCGUGGCAAUGGUAAUAUUACUUUCGAGCUAUGGGAGAGAGAACGCAUGGCUCAGCUUGAUGUCGAUGGAAUCAGUGUUCUGGUCAAUGAUGUGGAACGCUGGCGAGGAUACUUGGACGAGGAUAAGCGGGGAGAAUUCACCUGGCACCGACAUGGACAUAACGGUCUCGAGUUGUUGCAUGGUCCUACGAUUGAAAGUGACCCGGACGCCGGCGUGGCUGUCACCAAUGCGAAGGAUGACGACAAACCCGAGGAUCUCUUCUUCCGCUUCGCCUUCCUUCGAGGAGCUGAAGCGGGCAAGUACGGACCAGCAGGGGUUUGGCUUGAAGACGGGUCGUGGCUCCCACCUGCGCCCCCGAAGGCUUAG